AUGGCGAGAAACUGGGAUAUUGGUUUCAACAAGAAAUUCAUUUGGCUGAUAGUCUUUGCAACCAUCAUCACAGUGACUUACUUACUCGGGAUGCAGUAUAUUAGGCAGAUGGGUGCCCUGUCAGGCGUUACUUACGUCCCUCAUCCCCAACAACUCAAAGAUUCCGUCAGAUACAAGCAACAAAGAGAUGUUUUAUCAAGGCAACUCAACUUAAUGAAGCAAGCUUACGGACAACAAAGUUGUGAACAGUUGAAACUUAUCAAAUUAGCCGGAAAAUCGGUAGAUGUUCGAGUCUCUGAGAGUGGAGGUUGGUGUUCGGAAUCUAGCUCUCCCAACAGCACUGACCAUGUCUGGGAUAAGGGCCUCUCAACAGCUCUGAGCAAGUUUUCCAAAGGUAAAACAGUGGGCAGUUUCGGUGAUGGACCAGGGAAGUACAAGUCACAUAUCGAUUCUUUGGCUGAGGUAGUCAGUUAUACAGCUUAUGAUGGAGCGCCACACGUUGAAAACGUCACACGGGGCUUGGUGAAGUUCUUGGACUUGACAGCUCCCCAGUACGGCAUACCAGCCUUUGACUGGGUGAUCAGUCUGGAGGUUGGGGAGCACAUACCUGCAAAGUAUGAAGAUAUUUACUUGGACAAUUUGGUUAGACAUGCUAAGGAAGGCAUCAUACUUAGCUGGGCAACGCCUGGUCAAGAGGGACUGUCUCAUGUGAACAAUAAACCAUUGGUGGAUGUGGUGGCCCAACUCAACAAACGGGGAUUUCAUAUCAAUCUACAAGCAGGAGAACCUCUUCGCCAAGCCUCGUCAUUCUAUUGGUUAAAGAAUAAUAUUAAUGUUUACUAUAGGAAACACGCAGAGUCAUUCAUUCCAGAUGAUGCCUAA